AUGGAUGGCAUCUCAGUAGCAGCCAACGUGGCAGGCCUUGUGAGCCUCGCUGUCCAAUUGGCUCCGCAUCUGUACAAUUACUUUUCCGACGUCAAGUCAGCCCAGGCCGAUGUGAAACGGUAUUCGGGCGAGGUCCACACCUUUAUCGAAGUGUGCAACCGUCUCCACAAAUUCCUAUCGACGGACAAACUGCAAGAGGGCUUUGACACCACACAGUCGGUGCUCGUGCGCACGGUGGUAUCAUGCGAGGGCACCCUGCACGAUCUCGCCCGGUUGCUGAAGAGCCCGGUGGAUUGGUCCCGACGACUGGCAUGGCCCAUCCGGAAGAAACGGGUCGAUGCUAUCAUGGAGCAGCUAUCUCGAUAUACGCAGCUGUUCCAGUUUUCCUUGACGGUGGAAGGCUGUGCCAUUCUGUCCCAAACCCCAGAAGAAGUCACAACAAUCCUCAAACUCCAGAUGGAUACCUCCCGCAAAAUGCAUGGAAUCGCGGAGAAAAUGGCGGCCCUGGAGCUGUCUGCGGAAAACUAUCGCAGUACGGCUGAUGAGUUGGGCGAGCUCCUUGAGAGUAUCAAGACCUUUGUGGAUCCGUCGGAGCAGUUGCAGGAAAUUAAACAGGGCGUGGGGAGUAUAUCCCGCCGGCUUACAGAUGACCGCGAUGUGGAAAUACUGGACUGGCUCUCACCGCAGCGUGGAGGAGGCCGGCACCACGAAGUCCGUUCGAGAAGAACACCAGGCACAGGCAAAUGGAUAUUCGACACGCCGGCUGUUCGUGAGUGGCUGGAGGAGGGGGAGCAGGCGAAGAUGCUAUGGCUGAAUGGGCCUCCUGGCUGUGGAAAGUCGACGAUGCUGUCUUUGAUUGUCGAUGAGUUGAAACUCUCUCACACACCCCCUCAUGCCGCUGUUGCAUACUUCUAUUGUGACUAUCGCUCAAAACACACGAGUCCUUUGGUAUCUGCACUCGGCGGGAUCCUUCGCUUCCUGAUCGAAAGCCUAGACAGCAUUCCGACUCCGCUGCAGGACUUGUUCGAAAGCACCCGCCGAGAAGGUCGUGCGCCACUGCCAAUCGAACUGGAGGAGUUGAUACACAGUAUAUCUGCUUCCUUCAAUCGAUGUUAUAUCCUUGUCGACGCUAUGGAUGAGUUCAGUAUCGAGGACCCGACGCAGACCACCCAGUUCAUUAAGACGUUGGACAGUCUUGUUAGAGCAGGUACAAGCGUCCUGGUGACGAGUCGUACAUUACCGGCCCCUGGCAUGUCAAGGUGUGUUAUUGAGCAGUACACUGCUGCUGAUAAUGAUAUCAGAAGCUAUAUUGCACAUGCGCUGCAUUCCGAUGAGUCUGUAAUGGAUCUUUUGGACUCGCAGCUAGAGCGGGAUAUUACCAACACCGUGGUGGACUGCGCCCAUGGAAUGUUCCUUCUCGCCGUGCUGCAUCUGCAAAAUAUCAGGGGCCAGGUCACUCGGUCCGGCGUCCGGAAAGCACUGACUGGAUUGAGCGGUGAUUUGGGAGACGCCUACGACAAGACCUUUGAAGCCAUCAACCACCAGUCGGAGUCCCAGCGAUCGCUCGCCCUGAAUACCCUGAUGUGGGUGUCUGCAUCCUACAGGCCGCUGCACAGCCUGGAACUGCGCCAUGCACUUGCGACGAAUGACAACGACGAAGACAUGGACUUCGAUAACAUCCCUCCAAUGAAGGUGGUUGUCCGAGUUUGCUGUGGUCUCAUCGCAGUGGACGAUCUAGGCAAUGACCAGUCAAAUGUCCGCCUGGUUCAUCAUACGCUGCACCAGUACCUGCAGAAGAAACAGACGGAGUGGUUCUGCCAGGCGCAUGCAAAGAUUGCACGUACCUGUCUAACAUACCUCUCCUUCAAGUCACUCGGCACGCGCCCACAGGUGCGAGUAAAGCACUUGGAUGCAGUUCAUCACAGCCCGCAGCCUUCCAACAAGUGGGCCCUCACCGACUUUGCGAUGGCAUCGUGGGGAUACCACGCUGCUCGUGCGCCGUUCGAUUCAUACGACGCCUUAGCUUCCCGCCUGCUCAAGAACACAAACAGGCUACGAUAUCUGUUCCCCGACAAUGAGCAGAUAAAAGGGCUUCACGUGGCUGCGUAUUUUGGCUUGGCCGAAGUCACCAAACAACUACUAGCCUCCGGCCAUCGAGUAGACGCAGUAGACAGCACGUUUGCCACGCCGCUCCACAAGGCCUGCAAAUACAACCACUACCACACCGCCGUUGUCCUGCUGGAGGCCGGCGCAAAGCCAGACCACUGGAGUCUGUCCUGGUCCACGCCACUGUUCAACGCCGUGACGAACAAAAACCACAGGCUGGUUCAGACCCUCCUGGAAUACGGAGCCAGGGUUGAUCUGCAGUGCCAAGAUCAGUGGACGGCGCUCCACAAGGCCGCAGACAUCGGAGACUUGGACACGGUGCUUCUCUUGGUCGCGUACGACGCUUGCAUUCGGUCCGUGUCUAACAGAGGCCUCACAGCGCUGCAUCGCGCGGCCGGACGAGGCCAUCUCGAAGUGAUGCAGUUUCUGAUCGAGCACGGGGCGGAAAUCGACCGGAAAACAGCAGACGGGUGGACUCCACUGCACGGCGCAUCGUCCAGCGGGCGGGCUGAAGCGGUCAAACUGCUUCUGAAGAACGGGGCAGACAUCAAGCACCAGAGCUUCGAUGGAAGCACCGCGCUCCAUCGGGCUUGUAGAAAUGGGUCGGUGGACACGGUGCAGACACUAAUAGAGCACGGUGCGGAUGUGAUGGCGCAAGACCGCAGCCUCGACAUUCCGCUGCACAUAGCAGCCCGCGAGGGCCACAGAGACGUGAUAGACUGCCUGCUGAAGCAGAACCCGCUGCAGACCAGCCAGGUGAACAAAUCAGGGUGGACUGCCUACCACGAGGCGGAGCUGAGCGGCUUCCACAUCACCGAAAGGCUGGCAACUGACCGCUCCAUGCCUGACGCAGACGGGAAACCUGAAGACGAGCUCACAAACGCGAUUCGAUCCGAUGAGGCCGACAAAGUGCAGGCCAUUCUCAGUGCCGAACAACCGGACGUCGAAUCCCGCGAUACCACUGACCGGACACUCCUGCACCAAGCGCUUCACGCGGGCUCCCACAGAACGGCGCGCAUCUUACUCGACGCAGGGGCAGACAUCCACGCCCGAUCCGCAAUGAGCGGAUGGCAGUGCAUCCACUACGCCGCUGUAUCAGGGAGCGCUGACUGCGUACGGCUGUGCCUCGAGCGUGGCGCAGACGGCAACAGCCGCACCGUGCGAGGGCAGACGCCCCUGCACCAUGCGUGCCGGAUCGGCAGCGAAGAGAUAGUGCAGAUUCUCCUGGACCACGACGUGGAUUCACGGGUCGCGGACGAUCAACGUUGGCGCCCGGUUCACACGGCGGCGGCGGCGGGUCACUCGGCUAUUGUGAGCAAACUGCUGGUCUGCAGCGCGUCCAGCUGGUCCGUCAUAGACGAGCAGAUAGACUUACAGGAGCUGCAAGCCUGCGCUGCACUCCGCGGUCACCAUGGCUUGGUUGAGCUUAUCCGGGACUUUCGAUAUGCACUGGCUCGUAUUCUCUACCCAGAGUCUCUUGUUAGCAGCGUCACCGACUCCCUACCAACAUACGCAGAAGCGACGCAAGGCUCGUCUGUGUCUGCGCACUCCAGCAGUACGCGAGCAUAUCGGCCACCGUCACCAGCGCCCAGCUACCGCACCGUCGACAGCCUCUCGUUCAAAAAUGCGAAAGCCAAAGCACCAUUAGGAUGGGAGAUGACGUCCGUGGUAAGCCCACUUCUUCAACAGAAACGAGUAGAUGUGAACAUGCGGCGCAAUGGAACAACAGCGCUCCACUGUGCCGCCCGAGAUGGCAACAAGGAGCUCGUCGAGUUCCUCCUUCAACACGGUGCUCACGAGCACGUGAAAGACGACCUCGGAAGACGUGCCAUUAUCCUGGCGGCGCGCAACGGACACGCCGACGUCGCAGAAUGCCUGAUGCGAGGGUUCUGGGACUGCGCGCUGUAUCUGGAGAAAAUGUUCUUUGCAGCUGCGGUUCACGGACACAAGCGCUUUGUGGAAACGGUUCUCAAAUAUACGCCUGCGCACGCCAGGGACCAGAUGACGACUCUCGCGGUGGCGGAAAUGGCAGAGUCAUGUCGAGAGGAUGUUCUGGAGUACGUCCUGGCGACAGGCGCCGACAUUAAUAGCGCUGACCCGUCGGGUCGGACGGCGCUGCAUCUGGCCACGUACUAUCCCCAUGCCGUCCAAAUUAUUCUUGCGUACGGGGGAAACGUCAAGGCGCACACGGAUGGAGGGAUGACGCCGUUCCUUGAGGCGGCGAAAUGGGGCCAUGUGGGUUCGAUGGCUCUUUUGCUGGAUGGUGGUGCCAGUAUCUCCGAGGUUAAUAACAAGGGCCAGACUGCGCUGCAUCUUGUCGCAAGAGCCGGAUUCCAAACUGCGACGAAGUUGUUAUUGAGUCGAGGAGCAGAUGUCGGUGCUAGAGAUCACCGCGGACGGACACCUCUUGACGUGGCGGUUCAAGGCCGGCAGCAUUGGGCAGUGGAGAUUCUCAAGACGUUUAUGGACCAAGUGCCAUAUUGA